UAGUGGGCCAGACAGGAAGAUGGCGGCGGGAGAGGAGGUGUGAGUGGACCCGAGUCUCUGCAGUUGGAUUUUUCUCUUCCCUUUUUCCUCCCCUUUUUCUUCUCCUUUUGAGAUUGGCAUCGAGGGGGCUGAGUUCGGGUGGCAGCGCCGGUCGCAGCGCAGGGGUCACGGCGACGGCGGCGGCUGACGGCUGCAAGGGCAGGCUUCCUUCGCCGCUCGUCCUCCUUCCCCGGUCCGCUCGGUGUCAGGCGCGGCGGCGGCGGCGCGUGGGGCGGACUUCGUCCUACCUCCUGCACCCCCCGACACCGGAGCGGGCGCUCUUCCCUUCGCCAUCCCCCGACGUUUCACCCCGGGGACUGGGCGCCUCCUCCGGCGCAGCUCACGGAGCGGGGGCCGGUCUCCCGCUUGCCUGUCGCGCCUCCAUGUCGGAUAACCAGAGCUGGAACUCGUCAGGCUCGGAGGAGGAUCCGGAGACGGAGUCCGGGCCGCCUGUGGAGCGCUGCGGAGUCCUCAGCAAGUGGACAAACUACAUUCAUGGGUGGCAGGAUCGUUGGGUAGUUUUGAAAAACAAUACUUUGAGUUACUACAAAUCUGAAGACGAGACAGAGUAUGGCUGCAGAGGAUCCAUCUGUCUUAGCAAGGCUGUCAUCACGCCUCACGAUUUUGAUGAAUGUCGAUUUGAUAUUAGUGUAAAUGAUAGCGUUUGGUAUCUUCGUGCUCAGGAUCCAGAUCACAGACAACAGUGGAUAGAUGCUAUUGAACAGCACAAGACUGAAUCUGGUUAUGGAUCUGAAUCCAGCUUGCGUCGACAUGGCUCAAUGGUGUCACUGGUGUCUGGAGCAAGUGGCUAUUCUGCAACAUCCACCUCUUCAUUCAAGAAAGGCCACAGUUUACGUGAGAAAUUGGCUGAAAUGGAAACCUUUAGAGAUAUCCUAUGUAGACAAGUUGAUACUCUACAGAAGUUCUUUGAUGCCUGUGCUGAUGCUGUCUCCAAGGAUGAACUUCAAAGGGAUAAAGUGGUAGAAGAUGAUGAAGAUGACUUUCCUACAACACGUUCUGAUGGAGACUUCUUGCAUAAUACCAAUGGCAAUAAGGAAAAGUUAUUUCCACAGGUAACACCGAAAGGAAUUAAUGGUAUAGACUUUAAAGGGGAGGCAAUAACUUUUAAAGCAACUACUGCUGGAAUCCUUGCUACACUUUCUCAUUGUAUUGAACUAAUGGUAAAACGUGAGGACAGCUGGCAAAAGAGACUGGAUAAGGAAAUGGAGAAAAGAAGAAGAAUAGAGGAAGCAUACAAAAAUGCCGUGAUAGAACUUAAGAAAAAAUCCCACUUUGGAGGACCAGAUUAUGAGGAAGGUCCAAACAGUCUGAUUAAUGAAGAAGAGUUCUUUGAUGCUGUUGAAGCUGCUCUUGACAGACAAGAUAAAAUAGAAGAACAGUCACAGAGUGAAAAGGUCAGGUUACAUUGGCCUACAUCCAUGCCAUCUGGAGAUGCCUUUUCUUCUGUGGGGACUCAUAGAUUUGUCCAAAAGGUUGAAGAGAUGGUGCAGAACCACAUGACUUAUUCAUUACAGGAUGUAGGUGGAGAUGCCAACUGGCAGUUGGUUGUAGAAGAAGGAGAAAUGAAGGUAUAUAGGAGAGAAGUAGAAGAAAAUGGAAUUGUUCUGGAUCCUUUGAAAGCUACCCAUGCAGUUAAAGGAGUUACAGGACAUGAGGUCUGCAAUUACUUCUGGAAUGUUGACGUUCGGAAUGAUUGGGAAACAACUAUAGAAAACUUUCAUGUGGUGGAAACAUUAGCUGAUAAUGCAAUCAUCAUUUAUCAAACGCACAAGAGAGUGUGGCCUGCUUCUCAACGAGAUGUACUAUAUCUUUCUGCCAUUCGAAAGAUACCAGCCUUUACUGAAAAUGACCCUGAAACUUGGAUAGUUUGUAAUUUUUCUGUAGAUCAUGACAGUGCUCCUCUGAAUAAUCGCUGUGUUCGUGCCAAAAUAAAUAUCGCUAUGAUCUGUCAAACCUUGGUAAGCCCACCAGAGGGAAACCAGAAGAUUAGCAGGGACAACAUUUUAUGCAAGAUUACAUAUGUAGCUAAUGUGAACCCUGGAGGAUGGGCACCAGCCUCAGUGUUAAGGGCAGUGGCAAAACGAGAGUAUCCAAAGUUUCUAAAGCGUUUUACUUCUUAUGUCCAAGAGAAAACGGCAGGAAAGCCUAUUUUGUUCUAGUGUUAACAGUGACUGAAGCAAGGCUGUGUGACAUUCCAUGUUGGAGGAAAACUAAAAAAAAAAAAAAAAAAUUGAAUGCUCUAAGCUGGAACAUAGGAUCUACAGCCUUGUCUAUGGCCCAACACCUUGGCCUUGUGUACAAAAAUGAAGAAAUACUUCAAUAGCAAAGCUGAACAUCUAACCCUAGCUGUCUCCUGCUAGACCUCCAUGCUCAGCAUAUAACUAUAAAUACAUGUAAAAUUACAUGUACAUGGCUAUAUUUUUAUUUGCUUGCUCCUAAAAGAGAGAAAAAUCAACUUUGAACCACAACUAGGAAUUGAUGCUUUAAUUUUUGGAAACUUUUUUAGAAUUUUUAAUUUAGUGUAUGGUCCAACCUAAGAUCCUCAGUUAUAUCAGGUUUUGUGCACAAAAGAAAAGCACAAAAGUUGAAUGCACAUAGGUCACGUGCUUUCUCUGCACCAGAUACCUGGAUGAGGUUCUUUUUUCAGGCCUACAGUUAAGUCUGUGUCCAGAAUUUUUUGACUUUUUUUGCUUUGUAUAAUCAUAGAAUUCAUUGCUGCUGAUUUUUGUAAUGAUUCAUGUCGUCAUGUAAAGUGUCUCUUAAUAACUGAGGACUGUCAACCUGUAAUUUUGCCUUUUCUAUAGUCUUACUCCCAUGAAGAACCUUGGUUCUGAUGGAGAAAGAAUGAAAAGCUUUAUUUUUUUCCCCCAGAUAUCUUUAUAUUUCCUGUAUUUUCAGUUGUGUUCUAUGUGCUACACCUUUUUUUUUUUCCUCUCAGUUUGUUAGAAACACAAUUUGGCAAUUCCUACAUUGGUUCUGCCUACCUUCAAACAGAAAUAUCUGUAUAAAUCUUGUGGGUAUAAACUACUUUCUGGUAAAAUGGUCAGGAUAAAAUGAGCUCACGUUUUUAUGAAAUUUGUAAGAGAAUGUACGGUUAUUACUUGUGAAAGCAAA